CAGGCACAGAGAAACUCUCCAUCAGCUUCACCACAUACCCUACAUGAUCCGAAGAAUGGGUCCAUUGCGGUGUUAUUCUGCUAAGUCCCUUGAACGGUCGAUUGGUACAUACAAAAAACGUAUCCGGUCUUCUCUUCAUCCUGGUAUUAAUGCUGGCAACAUUAUGGAAACCAAGGAAAUAUUUAAAUUCUUCAAUGCAUCCGGUAUUUUUGACUUCUCUGCGUUAACGGCAUUCCCUGACAGCAACGAGAAGAACUUCGAGCAGCAUCCUCAAGAUGCCACCUAUCCUCAACUCUGGUCCCCUUUUGAUGAUUCUUUUACUAAGGUUGGUGUGCUCUUGCAGGGUUCUUCGGAUGUCCUCAUUUGUGGUCUGUAUCGCACAAUCCCUUGGUGUCGUGCGUUGAUGGGUUGUAUGACAAGGCUGACUGGCAUGAGGCAACGAGUUGUAUUGCCGUUUCAUCAACAACAACACCUUCGAAUUUCGACAAGUCUAUUCGUGCCAGUUAAAAACUGGUUCGUUUGUAAGAUUCUGUUCUUUUUCCGUUUCCAAUUCUCCGCCAAUGAACCAGGGUCCCAUUAUGUGUAUGGUGAAUUGGCAAAAACACAUGGCGUGUCUCCUAUCUCAAAGUCUAUCCCACGGAUUCAGCUCUUUGGUGAUAGCGAGCAAAAAUUCGUUGUAUUUGACACCAGGGAUAUUGUAUCUUCUGUUGGAUUGCUAAAUUCCUCAGACAAUUCAGCAUACAAGUAUGUCAUCAAAACUGGUGAUGCGUUUGCGAAAGACAUGUCAAGUUCUGCCGGAAAGAUUGGGACUCUGGAGUAAAGAGCUAUUUUUUUUUUCUUUUUUUUUUUUGAAUGUAGUAAAGGCUUUUCAACAUCCGAAAAAAAAAUUAUCGCUUCAUUGUGUCACACAAAAUAAC